CGUCUCCGCCCCGCACGUCUCCGGCGUCCCUCCUCAGGACUGCGGCCCUCGGACCACCUCGGAGGCGGGAAGCGGCGCUCCCGUCUGGCCGCGGCCCCGCUCGAGGCCGCCGCCAUGAACAUCCGCAACGCGCGGCCGCGGGACCUGGUCAACAUGCAGCACUGCAACCUGCUGUGCCUGCCCGAGAACUACCAGAUGAAGUACUACCUGUACCACGGCCUGUCGUGGCCGCAGCUGUCCUACGUCGCCGAGGACGAGGCCGGCCGCAUGGUGGGCUACGUGCUGGCCAAGAUGGAGGAGGACGCGGACGACGUGCCGCACGGCCACAUCACGUCGCUGGCGGUGAAGCGCUCGCACCGGCGCCUCGGGCUGGCGCAGAAGCUCAUGGACCAGGCGGCGCGCGCCAUGGUGGAGACGUUCGGCGCGCGCUACGUGUCGCUGCACGUGCGCAGGAGCAACCGCGCGGCGCUGCGCCUCUACGCCGACGCGCUGGGCUUCCGCGUCAGCGACGUGGAGCCGCGCUACUACGCGGACGGCGAGGACGCCUACGCCAUGCGCCGCGACCUCUCGCGCCUGGCCGAGGCGCUGAGGCAGGGCGCGCGCGGGCCGCCGGGGCCCUGGGAGCCGCGGGACGCC